GCUCCCGCCCCCCGGGCUCUUGCCCAAUUAGACAGGAGGGGCGGAGCCUCCGCUCUGCGCAGCCUCCGCUCUGUGCAGUCUCCGAGGGGAGUUGCGGCGUAGUCUUUCUCCGAAGCGCAGCGGGCUGGCAAGUCCAGCGUGGAGUGGGGGCUGUGCGCUGCCUUCUGGAGGCUGGGAAAUCCAGGAUCCAGGUGCUGGUGCAUUGGUGUGUGGUGAGAGCCCACUUCCUGUUUCUAGAUGGCUUUUCUUUUCAGUGUAACCUCACACAGUGGAAGGGACAAGGGAACUUUCUUGGACCUACUUUUAUAAGGGCACUAAUACUCUUAGUGAGGGUUCUGCCCUCAUGACUGGAUCACCUCCCAAAGGCCCUGCCUCCUUAGGACCCUACCAUCACCUUGGGGCUAGGAUUUCAGUAUAUGAACUUGCUGGGGACAUAACCAUUCUCCCCUUAGCACCGUGCAAACAGCAGAAUGUUGUGGAAACGAUGACGUGUGAUGGUAAGAGCUCCAUCAUAAAAGAUAAUGUGAUUUCCAUGUUGCUCUCUUGAAUCUCUUGUUCUGUGGGAAGCCGAUUAACUCUGUUGCAAGGACAUAUGAAGUUGUCUCUAUGGAGAAGUUCAUGUGAGGGACUGAGUUUCCUGCCAAAAGUAGCACGAGGGCACCGCCUUGGAAGACCAUCCUGCAGCCACAGUCAAGCAUUCAGAUGACUGAGUCCCUACGGACAACUUAACUGCAGUCUCAUGACAAGUCCUGGUCGAGAACAACCAUUCAUCUAAACCAUUAACAGGUUCCUGACCUAUAGGAAUUGUGUAAGGUAAAUGUUUUGUUUUUCAGUAUACAGUGUAAGUUCCAUCCCAGUGGACAAUAUCUGCUGAACUUUCUGCCAACCAGGAAUUUAUGGGGCAAGGAAACAAGAGGUAGGAGGAGUAGACUCGCACCCGAUGAUCUCCUGGCACAAUUUUGCUUCUUAUCCCAGCAACCCUGGGCUCUGAAGAGACUUCUUGCCGGCCAAUUUGGACUCAUUUUGCUGCUGGAUAAACUGACCAAGAAAGAGAUUCUAAUAUUGUUAUGAAUUUGACGAUGACUAGAAAAUAGUUUUGCUGCUACACGAUGGUAGCAGAGAGGAAUAUGGAUGGCAAGAUCUCCUGGAGAGGAUUCUGGAAUUGCCGUGACGUGUGAUGGCAGCUAAUGAAAGACUAAGAUAAUCUUGUGUGGGCAAGGUCAUAAAGAGGUCAACUCUCUCUGACAUGAAAGUUUGGCCCCAUGAGAGGAGCAAACCAGUCGAGUGUCUCCGAGUUCCUCCUCCUUGGGCUCUCCAGGCAGCCCCAGCAGCAGCAGACCCUCUUUGUGCUCUUCCUGAGCAUGUACCUGGCCACGGUCCUGGGAAACCUGCUCAUCCUCCUGGCCAUCAGCAUGGACCCCCGCCUGCACAUCCCCAUGUACUUCCUCCUCAGCCACCUGUCCUUUGUGGACAUCUGCUUCUCCACCACCACUGUCCCCAAGAUGCUGGCCAACCACAUCCUUGGGACCCAGACCAUCUCUUUCUCUGGGUGUCUCACACAGAUGUAUUUUGUGUUCAUGUUCAUGGACAUGGACAAUUUCCUCCUGGCUGUGAUGGCCUAUGACCGCUUUGUUGCCAUAUGUCACCCCUUACACUACUCGACAAAGAUGACCCACCAGCUCUGUGCCCUGCUGGUUGCUGGGUCAUGGGUCAUUGCCAACCUGGAUGUCCUACUGCAUACCCUGCUGAUGGCUCGACUCUCGUUCUGUGCAGACAAUGUCAUCCCCCACUUCUUCUGUGAUGUGACUCCCCUCCUGAAACUGUCCUGCUCUGACACCCAUCUCAAUGAGAUGAUGGUUCUUAUCGAAGCAGGGUUGAUCAUGAUCGCUCCGCUUAUUUGCAUCCUGGCUUCGUAUGUCCAUAUUACCCGCGCUGUCCUGAGAGUCCCGUCCACGAAGGGAAGAUGGAAAGCCUUCUCCACCUGUGGCUCACACCUGGCCGUGGUUUCCCUCUUCUAUGGCACCAUCAUUGCUGUGUAUUUCAACCCUUUAGCCUCACACUCAGCUGAGGCAGAUAUAGCAUCUGCUGUGAUGUUCACGGUGGUGACCCCCAUGCUGAACCCCUUCAUCUACAGCCUGAGGAACAAGGACAUAAAAGGGGCUCUUGGAAAAGUGGUUGCUCUGAAUAUUUUUCUACCUGGUAAUCAAAUGGGCUAAGAAAAUCAGGCAGGGAACUAGUUUCUAAGAAGACCAUAUUUGCUUUUUCUGUUGUGCAAAGCUCACCAUUUGUCAUGUGUGAGAGAAUCAUCUAGUGUCUGUCUUGGGAGACCAGAUUUGAUACAGUCUCUUCAGCUAAGGAUGGAAAGCAAGAUCCUUUUACCAAAUAACUUACUGCACCUAUUAGUGCCCUGCAGCUAAAACCCACUAGCAACACAGUCUUGUUGAAUGAGUGUGGUUUAUCAGGCUCAGAGGGGAGAAUACAUACCAUCGGGAGUUGUGAGGCAUCUUAGCAGGAAGGUGUUAGACAGGAUUUAUAAAAGGCUUGUUGUCUGAGGUGAAUUUAGUGAGGAUUUAAGGAAAUGGGUCUGUGCUCUGGAUUUCACACUGUCACAUAGUAGGGAUGAUUCUGAUGGAGUAUCUUAAAAUAUUUUAUCUAGGAGGGAAGACUAGACUAAGGCAAGACUGUGAUUGGCAGAGAAGUAGCAUUAAUUCGUAUCAGCCAACAUAGGGGGAGUUUGGUCAUUUUUGUGGCUUGGACAGUGUUCGGACAUGAUUACAGAGUGGUCUCUCUUUGUCUUGCUCCAUGAUGGUCACAGAGCAGCCGUGUGUGGUACUGUGGUUGUGUUCAUCCUGAGAACAUGGCAUCUAUCUGUGAGUGCCAGGCCAUCUCCUGGGUGUCAGGACUGGUUUGUCUUUCUCACAACAGAGACGCAGAGAUAAGAGUACAUCUUAUGGGAAGCUCAUACCGGUGGGGGUAGGAAAGGGAAGGAUUCAUUUAGGGCUCCAAGAAGCCCUAAUUCUGCCACGAAUUCAAGCUAAUUAUUUGUUAUUUUCUUAUCUGAGCUUUCUGGGUCACACAGCAUUACAGCAGGAAUAAGUGUGAGAUACACAAGAAUAUCUUCGAAAAUCUCCACUGUGUCAAUGAACUGCAUCUUUUUUCCACACUGCCAUCAGUUUAUGUCAAUGCGCUGAGAUAUUUUACAUAGUUACUAAUUUGUAUCCUGAUUUCCCACUAUAAUUUUAUAAUAAAGCUUUUCAAAAUUGCUG